ACAGCUGGCGUCUCAUCAGUGGUCACCUAACAACCUCUCCACGCAGGAGAGGGGGGCAGAGCAGAAAAGAAACGGCAGAUCAACUGGUCUAAUUAUUUAGUGUAUACAAUACAAAUGAGUUUUAAGAUGGGACUUAAAUGCUUCUACUGAGGUAGCAUGUGUAACUGUUAUCGGUAGAACAUUCCAGAGUACUGGAGCCCGAAUAGAAAACGCUGUUGGCCGGUCGCACGCCGGGGAUGCUCCGACUUUCCGAGUCGGAAAUCCGACUUCGACGGGCGUUCCACUUGAAAUUCCGACGAGGAACUCGGAACAUUCCGACUUCCCGGCACAGAUGUAACGCACCGAGUGUUCUGCUCUGUGAUAGGCCAGCUGUACUCGUCUUAAAGGGGCGUGAAGUUAUCUGUUAGCAAGUUAGCAGCUAGCUUCUACGAUGCUAUACUCUGCAGAGCUUAUGCACUAUUGGGGGCGACUCGCCGAACCGGAAUAAUGCAACUCCACGUCGCGUACUAACGUCAUGCGUAACCUAAUUUGUUUCAUUUAGACGUUUUAUUUUAUUUUAUUAUCGCGCUCAAACAAACAUGAGUGGGUUUUAAUCACUCUCUGGACAUGGAUGCUAGCGUGGAUGCUAACUUAGCUCUUAGCCUGUGUAGUUGAAUCGGCUAAUGGUAGCGGGCGAUAAGCUAACCCCAACAUUAGCAAAUGUUUUUUGUCCACGCGUUAUCAGAACCACUCAAUUUAAAAUUACUUUUAACUCGAACGUUUAUUUUUGUACUUUGGCACUAGUUGGCAAUUGUAACCACGGUGAGCUACUCUUCAACGCGCUGGCAUUCAAUGGUACUCGUUGUUAGUCAGUGGUCACGCUUUUGCAACUAUCAGCUUGCGAGUUAGUGGGCUUUGUGCUGGAUUUUAGCCAUCGCAUGCUAACUCUGCGCCAGAAAGUUGGUGAUUUCACAUAACGUUCCGAACAACGUUAACUCGGACUCGUCGAUGGCCUGUGGCAUACAAUUGCGACGGUAUUUGUUUUAAACUAACAUCGUUAAGUUUCCCCAAUUGCAGAGUUUUGUACAUUGGACGGGCCUCAUUGAUUGAGAGAGCAAACAUGUAAAGAGCCUGGGGUUGGACCUUUUUGAUUCCAAAAAGUAGACCAGAGUCAAUUUCGCAGUAUGCUCAAUUCAGGAGUCCUGCAGCUAGAAAAGAUGGAGCUGGACCUGGGCAGCCCGUCCUCCUUGGUUCAGAGUGAUGGACAGCUGAGGAGAUCCAACAGUGCGCCCAUGAUCAAUGGCCUAAGUGAUAACUCCCAAGUGUUCCAGCGAGAGGUCUUGCGAAGCCGCAGAAAUAGCACAACGGUGGUCAACAGGCCCAAUAUGGUUCCUUCGUCUCCAAUCCGUGUUCCCAGCACCAGGCUUCAUCAAAUCAAACAAGAAGAAGGGGUGGAUGUGAUGAACAGAGAAACAGCACAUGAACGGGAAGUGCAAGCUGCUAUGCAAAUAAGCCAGUCCUGGGAGGAAAGUCUGAGUCUGAGCGACAAUGAUUUGGAAAAGACUGCAUCAUCAUCAUCCCCCAAGCGGAUCGACUUUGUGCCCGUGUCCCCGGCACCAUCUCCAACCAGAGGGAUAGGGAAAAAGCAGUGCUUCUCUCCGUCUCUACAAAUUCUUGUGAGCAGCAACGGCCUUACUCCCAGUCCCAUACCGAGUCCAACACGACGCUUCGGCCGACGGAGCCAGAGUCCCAUCAACUGCAUCCGAGCUAGCAUACUUGGGCCUAUGAAGCGCAAAGGUGAGAUGGAGACAGAGAGUCAGCCAAAGAGGCUCUUUCAAGGCACCACCACAAUGCUGUCCUCCGAUGUCUCCAAUAUGUCGGACCUCGGCUCCUGUCACUCUCCAGAUGGAAUGCUGGACGGCAGCCUGAGCAGCGUCUGCUCCUCGACAGAUUCCCCGGGCAAAAUGGAGGGAGUGUCCCUCUCAUCAUCCAGCAACUCUCCCUUCGCCUCCCUCCAGGAUUUGUCUCCAAAAUGACAGCACCAAGGCAAAAAAAAAAGGGAACCGUCGGAAAACCAUCUUUUUUCCCUGUUUUAGACCUUCUGCCUCAGCGUUGCCUAGAGGAAUCCGUGUGUGCUUUGUAGUGCUUUCAUCUCGUGGUCAUGCAGUUUGAGGGCAGUAAGUGAAAGGAAUGGUUGAGAUGUUGUGUAUGGAGGUAAAAUCUAGUUGUGUGGAUGUGGAGUAAAAAUCUGGUGAAUCUAGUAAAGGCCAAGGAUGCUGAGCACAAGCUGCUAGUCUUUGGAUGGUGCUUGGCUUCAAAAUACUGGCAUUUGUUCUUAGAAAUAGCCAUCAUUCACGUGUCGCCCCUUUUUAUAGAGGUGGCGAAAUGAAGCACUGGACAAACAAAAUAUAUAUUUGGAUUAGUGUAUCCCCUUAUUUGUGCUGGAACAUUUAUGUCCAUCAGGCUUUUUUGUAUGUACAGUCUUGAGAUUUUGUAAGAUUUAACUUAUUGUUUCUCUGCAAUGUUUGCUUUUAUGUACAUAUUUAACCUUGUGGAUUUUGUGUAUAAGUGAGUGAUGAGGGGAAGGAGUAUAAAUGGGAAUCCUUACUGUUCUACUGUAAGCGGUUUUACUUUUCCCGUCAAUUGGUUAAAACUGUGGUGUUUUUCAUUUUCAGUGGCCUGAUGUUUGCCUCCUGUGUCAUGUUACCCUUCGGAGCAACUGUGGCUUACGUUGUAUUUUUAGUGUGUAACACUAAAGACUUAUGGAUUGUUGUACAGUUUUUUGUUUUUUUUCCUGAAAAACAAAUCUUAUUUAUGGUUAAAAAAAUGAUUAUAUAAAAAGAUAUAUAUGAAAAAGGAUGGCGAUAAGGUUGUUUCUCAAGUAAAAGUCCAAGUUUGUGUUGUGGUAAUCUGGCUGCAGUCAUAUGCAGCUAAAAUCCCAAUGACAGCAUGUUUAUUUUCUGCUGUGGUUCACGUUGCACAGGGUACCCGUUUCUUGUUUUAUUUUCUCAGCCUUUGUUAAAAGUCUUAAGUGGAGAAUUUUAACAUGGCCUCCAUUUGUUAAAACAAGAAAAGGUCAUAACGGUAUGUAAAGGUUAAUAAACCCGUACUGUGAUUUUUGCACCUGCAUUUGUUCAACUGUCUUCCUUGUGCCCCAGGUGGCUUUUUAGCCUGCGUGUACAAACAAGGAUGUGAUUGUAAUCAUUAAGAAGUCAUGCCCAUGAAGAAAGGCUUGUUUGCAUUCUACCAUUUAUUGAAAGUCUUUUUUUUGGUCCAUAAUUAGAACAAGGAAAAGCAGUUUGCUUGUCAAUGCAAAACAUUUCUCCAGGGCAUGAACUUAAUAAUGUCCAAUGUCUAAUCAAGCUUUUGCCUUUUUGUUUUUGCGCUCAUAUCAAAGACAAAUAAAUUAUUUCUUUAAAAA